AUGGAGCGACGAACGGAUCGUUCUGAUCUUCACGACAACCUUAUUAGUGCCGAAGAACUUCACGGGAAAACCCCACGAUUAGCACUCUAUCAUGGCUCCAGCGUAGCACAAAUAGCCAGUGAGCGAGCCACCCGUUGUAGUCCUACUGGGACGUACAACUCAACCUCAUGUCUUCUGCAAGCAAGCAAAGCGCAAAAGCGCAGUGCAGUCGCAAAAUUCACUGCAACCGCCAUGCUCGCAUAUUUGACAUACUCUAUCGGAUCACUUCGCGACCGAGAUGAACUGCUAGCUGGAUGA